AUCUGUCCCAUAAUAAAGAGAACAAGGCUAGACAGAGUGGUCAGUUGUACAGUAAACAUGAUAGAAAUUUUUAUAAAAAACGAAUUUCCAAGAAAUUAUAAGAAUUAAAAAACAUAAAUUGUUAGGACCACAUUUGAUUGGAUACACAGUAAAAAAAACAACUACAAUUGAAAUGUCAUCGUCUCCUCAAGUUUUUACUUAUACGGAGGAACCCCAAAAUUAUUAUAAUCCACCAAAUUUUGAAUACAGUAAAGAUGAAACGUUACUAUUCACAGAUAAAUCUAUUCGCAUUGGAUUUGCGAGGAAAGUAUUUUCCAUCCUGCUCAUCCAAAUUCUCUUCACCUUCGGACUCGUUGCCCUGCUAACUUUCCACACUGAAAUUAAUAGCAAACUACACAAGUCCAUGUAUAUUCAGGACAUCUUUGUCUAUGCCUCCUUCGGAUUUGCUUUAGUGGAUUUGGCGAUAAUCUUAAUAAUCCUAUUUCAACCCAAGACUAUUUCUAAGACUCCGUGGAACUAUGUUGUUCUUGCUCUUGUCACAAUUUGCACGUCGAUACCGCUCGCCAUAUUGACGGCGUAUAUCGAGACAAAACAAUCAGUAUUCUUCGUAAUUGGAAUGAUGGUCUGCAUGGUUGUUUCCUUGUUACUUUUCUCCCUCCAAACUCGCCAGGAAUUGACCUAUUUGACCGGGUUUUUCAUUUCCUUGACCUCAACGGCUGCCGCAGGGGCCAUCAUGUACUUCGUGGUUCGAGACCUGCCUGAAAAUAAGGACCAGGAGGGGAUGGUCGCCGGAAUUCUCGGAGCCUGCCUGAUUGUAACCGUUCUUUUCGGAAUGAUUUGGAUAGCCAUCGCCAGAGGAAUUAUGUUUGGUGAACCCUCGUCCAAGAUGGCCUGCUCGCCGGAGGACUUCAUCUUGGCCUCGAUGCUGCUCUAUAUAAUAACCAUCGCGAUUUUUGUACUGAUUCUUCUAAUCAUAACUGCUAGUCAGUCGAACGCAGGAAAUAAUGUGAGAGGGAGUGGUUGUGGGCACUGGUUUUGGUUUUAUCCCGUUUAUGGGACGUCAUCGGUGCAUCAUCGGAACACUGAGGAAGGUGUAAAUUCGCAAAACGGCAGUGACCCGGCGAGAGAAGUGUAAAAGUAUAAUGAUAAAUAUGUAUAUUUCUGUACAUUGCACACACGUUUAUGUAAUAAAAUUAAUACCUGUACAAUAAUAAAUACUUCCAAGUAUAGUUAA